AGAGUAGCAAGCGUCCGUUGAUUAAAAAAGAAAGAAAGUAGAAAGCGUCCACUCAAAUUUUGAAAAAAAAAGGUAAUCAGUCACCAAACUGUGAUUCUCUCAACUCGGAAGGAAGUCGCGGCGUUAGGGAUUAAGAAGAAAAUGGCGGAGAAGAAGAGAUGGAUUGCGAUGUACACGAAGCACCUCACACAGAAGAGAAAGGUCUAUCACGAUGGCUUCCUCGAUCUCCAUUUCACCAGAAAAAAGGUGUUGCUUUAUGAUGAGGCUGAUAAUCUACUCGAAAGCAGGAUGUUAAAAGCAAACGAAGUUGUGAACUCGGGUGAACGAAUCACAUUUCAAGCAUAUCUUGUCGAUAUUUGCGAACCCAAGGACGGAUGUAAUGAGCCUUCAUCUGAUCCAAAGGCUCAACCAAGUAAUGAUCAUUUUGUUCAACAGCGCAAACCAUUUGCAGUCCUCAGGCCUAAUUUCAAGAAAUCUUCCCCUUAUUCUGAAGAGAAGAAACCUAACCUUGCAAAUGAUGUUGCUUUGAAGGAUCUCAGCCCAUCUCGCAAGAUGAUUAGAGGAUUUAAAAAGAGAGAACUGCACAAGUUUGCGGCAUUAAGUCCUGACUCUGUAAAACCAACAUUUGAAGGGACUUCACCUCUUGGCUCAGCUAAUAAUGGAAAGAAUGAUCGCCCUCUGAUCAACACUUCUUAUAAAGGAAUGUCCGGUGCUGAUUUAAGACGAGAGAAUGACAAGUACAGCAAGGACGUUCCUUCACAUAAACCUUUACGUGAUGUAAAUCAAAUACUCUCCAUACUUCAGAGACCGAAUGCUACAGCCACAUGUUUUGACAUUAACCAGAAGACGCCAAUGUCCAUAACAAAAGUACCUCCAGAAUCUGUUACCAGCAAAAUCAUUAAAGUGGAGCCUAUAUCACCUGGAGCAUCUAGAGAUUCACUUCCCCAACAGCAGUUCAUGGUGCGAGAAACCUCACCGGCCAAGACAACUGCACGCACAGUGACUCAUCUGAACUCAGCCUCUCCGAGUUUUGACCUUGGGAUAUGAAACCCCCAAUAUCUCAUUUUACGUAAGUUCCUCAGUGAACUGUAUAACUUUUUCUUUUAUGAAAUGAUGAACUAUACGGAAACAAAGAUAUGUAUGUCCGACUGAAACAACCUGACGAACCAGAUCCAAAUUGUUUGUCCAAUGUUCAACAACUCAGUGUGAUCAUUACUUAUAACUCAGUUUCGUCAGAGUGUGGUAUCGUCGAAGUUAUAUGGGGAAAGAAUACAGAACCAAAAACACCUCAAAUAAUUGCUAUUAACCAUUAUUCUUUGUAAUUAUAUGAACCAAG